AUGAAUAACGCGAUGUGUGACGGACAUGUUUACGUUUUCACUUUCCUGGCGGUAGUGGUCGCCUUGGUUAGUUCCUGUAGGGCACUGCUUGCACCGGACUAUAUCCACCCCUGUAAUACCACCGAAUCGACAUGUCUAAUAAAAGCAACCCAAGAUGCUAUUCCUGAGUUUUCCAAGGGUAUACCUGAACUGGGUGUGCCUUCACUGGAUCCAUUUGUCAUUGACGAGUUACCGAUUCAGUUGCCCGGAGUAAAAGUAACGUUUCUCGAUGGAAAAGUCACUGGUUUACGAAAAUGUCACGUGCUAAAUGUACAAGCUUAUAUUGAAAAGAAUGUUUUCGUCUUGGAAGUCCGGUGUAACAUCACAAUCAAAGGAAAAUAUACGGCCGUGGGAAGGCUGCUUCUAUUUCCAAUAAACGGCGAAGGGGAUUGCAAAAUUAAAAUAGUAAACUCGGUUAUAAAGCUGAAUAUAAAGACAAAGUACUUCAAGGAUGAUGACGGACGAGAUCAUUUCGGUAUAAAGAGUUACAGGUACUCUUUUGAUUACGGAGAAAAGAUUCAUUACACUAUCACCAAUCUUUUUAAGGGAAAUGCUGAAUUAAGUGACACGGUGUUGAGAUUUUUAAACGAAAACUGGAGGGUCGUAACGGAAGAGUUUGGACAACCUGUUGUGGACUACGCUAUGAACGUUACUAUUGAAACCGCUCGAACAUUCUUCAACGCGGUGCCUUAUGAUGAACUUUUGUAUGUGCCAAUACCAAAAUAU